AUGUCAACUGAUCCACUGCGUCUCGACGAUUUUAUUUAUCGGCUAAUCUAUGAAAAGGGCUAUAAGACCUGGUCAUCGUUACUAAAGAAGGCAACUAAAGAUCCUGAGAUUCCUUCAGCCAGCUUACGGGUCGAGCAUCUCUUCCCUCAGCACCCUUACUUUCCGAUCGGACUUGAACUCGAUACUACUGGGUUGCUAACAGCCACAUCAACGUGGGUUCCUGGGACAGGAUCCUGUGAUUUACCGCCCUUCGAGCAGCCUUUUCGAAUCUUACCGCGUGUUGCUACGCCUACCAGAUUGUUUACCUCGACCAAAUUGCCUCUCCCACUAUCUGUCUGGUUCAAGCAAAGUGACAAUCAUCUCACAGUCCUCGUUCUCGCAUGGGCGUAUGCUUUAUCAGCGCGAUGGGCCGAGAUUUUCUCUCAAGCAUUGCCACUGGAGUACACUGACAGUCAAGCCGAGUGGUUGGCCACGCGUACUUGCGACAACACAGAAGCAACCGUAGAUGUUGGAAAUGUCAGUUACGACGCUGCACGAUGGUGGGCAGGUGUAAUUCCGCCGGGCCAAGUCAGGGUUGAUACAAAACCUAAAUAUUCUGGCUCGGAUGUUCUCCCUUCGAAGCCCUCAUCUGAGUUUCUGUGGCUUGGUGCCAUCAUUGCUGGCUUGCACAGGAGUUUCUUGAGAGGCCCCCAAGGACUCCUCGGAAUCAAUAGUAUCGAUAUUCAUGAAGCAGCUUGGACUGGCACCCUGAUCUCCUUCAUUCAGGAUCAUGCCCCUCAACAGCCAGAAAACACUACCUCGGUCUCACGCGGGCAUGAGUUCACACUAGCUUUCCUUACCCAGGGGAUAGCCAGAUACAGGUUCCCACCAAUCUACCCAUAUCCGCCUCUUGGCUCAACGGCUGUUGACGAUCUAGACCUUGAUUUUCGUCUUCACAUAGCAUGCCAAGGUGGACACAGACUCGAGUUCUCCAAGAUCACCUGGACCUGUGCAGGAAGUAAGAAUGAAGUCCAAGAAGCAGCCGCCUUGACCACAAUCAUUUGUCCUUCAUUGAAGUCAAGUCAUCCUGCAGCUGCUAGUCUUAUAGACUAUAGAGGGCUGGACCCAGACAGGGUUAUUUCAGAACAAGUCACGCGAAAUGUAUUUAUGUGGAUGCGAGAGAUAGAUGACUUUCCAAUCAAUGAACGGGAGAUACAUAAGCAUGAAUGGUUUAACGAUGGUGACUCUGACGGUGACGAUAGCAACUGUGCCGAAGGAGAUUGUGGUUCCACAAUGGGUUGUAACUUGAGUGUUAAGGUUGGCGGCUGGAUCUGUGGUGUUAUGACCGCUCGCUGCAACUCUCUAUAGGAUCCGAUCUACAAUAGGAGCAUAAACUUUGAGACGUCGGAUGCUGGCAUCAACUUAAC